AUGGCGCGCCGCGCCUGGCGGGAGCUGCGUGGUGACCUCCUCCAAAGAGUCUGCGGUGCGGACGCGGCCGGCGGCGCCGGCGGCGCCGGUGGAGGCGGCUUUUUGAGGCCUUUGGAGGUGGUCCAAGGCACGGCGGAAGCGCUGCGUCGCCUCCGAAACCUCGAAGAGCAGCUGAAGAGCUCAGCGCGGAGCUCCUCCGCCUUCUGGGAGCGGGCGCAGCUCGCGUCCUGCUUGGACCUCAGUCGCCGGCACCGGGAGGCAGCGGAGCAGCUGAGAAUCGCAGAGGCCGAGGCGGCGGAGGCCGCACCCUCCUCGCAGAAAGCCGCGGCGGCGCUGCUCGGGGUGAUCGUUCAACGGCAUCUCCGCUGGGAGGAGCAGCGCCUUAAGCGGUUUCGCCCCGGGCCCGGCGGGCCGCCGCGCUCUUCUCGCUCUUCAGCCUCUGCAGCCUGGGACUUGGAGAUUCUGCCGCCGGGCUCCACCAGGCGGACGCGGGAGGAGCUCCGAAGCUUCCUCGUGCCUGGAAAAGAGAGGCCCUUCGUCUUGCGGGGCUUCCAGACACCGCGCUGGACGCCAGAGGACUUGCGAGAAAUCUUGGGGCACCGGCGGGUGCCCAUCCGGCGCUGUGAGGAUGCCUCGGCCAAUUGGGCAGCGCUCGAGUUCGUGAGCGCCGUGCCGUUCGCUGACUUCUAUGAUGAGCACAUCGUGCCCUACCUCUCGGAAGGGAUGCUGGCACCGAGGGACAGCCCUCAGCUCUUCGACCAUUCAAUUUGGCAGCACUGUGAGGACACCCGCAUCGGGCGCGAGCUGCUGAUGCCCAGCCAGGUCUUCCCAAGGGACUUUUACACCUCGGCCUCUGCAGAAGUUCAUCCUGUGACGGGCUCGGCGGGGCCCACGCUGUUCCUGGCGCCGCAGGGGACGGGAUCCUCGCUUCACGUGGACACGCUGCAGACGCACUUUUGGAUGAUGCUCUGCCACGGGCAGAAGCGCUGGCGGCUGGUGAGUGCAGAGGAUCUCUGCCUCCUUCGUCCCCUCUAUCUCACGGACCUGAACCCCGUCUUCCCAAAGGAUCUCAACGCCGUCGACGCAGACGCCACCUCCCAGCUUUCUGUUGCGGAGGUCCUGCUGGAGCCCUCGGAUCUCCUCUUCGUGCCCGCAGGCUGGCCUCACCAGGUCUGCCGUGCCAGAUCCGUGCUCCAGCAGGUGGAGAACAUGAAAACCUCCGUGGCGGUGUCGGCGAACUUCGUGGAUGAGAGCAACGUGGAGCGGGCUCUGGAGGAGGCGGAGAUCCUGGGCCUCGUGGAGGAGACGCCUCAGCUGCUGGCCGCCUCCUUGCGUCGCAACCAGGCCGCCACCAAAGCCUCGAAGGCCUUGGAGGGCUCCUUGAGCGAGGCCUCCAGGGAGACGCUGCGAGGCUUCAAGGCGAGGCACGGGGAGCUUCGGGCGCCUCGGGAGGUCCAAAACCUCCUGAAGCGAGGCUUCGCCCUCUCCGUCCUGGCCCUUCUCUCGGAGAUGCUCGCCGAAGGCCUGCUGAUGGUAGACCGGGCCUCCAAGGCGAAGAGGCGGAGCCGGAGGGUUCUGGCGGACCCCGUGGUGGCCGUGCAGAAGCAGCUUGGUGACCUCUUGCCAGGCUAUGCAUCUCUCGGGGACUUUUGCCAGCACUUGGGCUACCUGCGCCAUCCGACAUCCGGAGGCUUCGUGCCGGACGAAAACGUGAGUGCACUGUCGGCUCAGACACCGGAGGACUUUGCACCAAGGGAGGGCCACUGCGGCUUUGCAAUGCGAGCUCUCAGUCUUGGGCCUCGGGGCUCAAGCCGAUGGCUUCGACUGAUUUUCCGGGCAAUGGUCCGAUGCUCUGAUCGCCUUGGCCCCCUCGGGGGCCUGGGGCGUCCGAGACCAAAGUGUCGACGGGUCUUGCUGGCCACGGCCCUCCUCGGGCUCGGCGCGGAUGCUUGGCUCCAACCGGGCCGCGCGCUGAAAGCGCUGGGGUCCUGGACGAACCGGGCCGUGUCUGCUGUGGGCAACUUUGUGGUUCGUGAAGCCAACGUCCCUCUCGCCGACCUCUCCGGGGUGGAACGAGACAGAGCAGGAGGGCUCUCGGCCCUGGUUGGGGCCUUGCUGGGGCACUCGGUCUGCGUGGCCUUCCUGAUGGAGCACGUGGAGGCGGCGCGGCGGGCCAAUCCCCUAAUCUACGAGGGGAACCUGGACCGCUGCAAAGUGCCUUUUGGCUCCCGUGAGCUGCUCCGGGAGCGCUUCGGUUGGCUCCGGGCGGCCCUGCAGCUGACCACGGAGGAGGUGGAGGUGGCCGCGGGUUUGGAUGCGGCGAUGCUGGUGGAGUUCAUGGAUUUGGCGAUGUGGAUUCUGGCUGUCGUCGGCUUGCCCUUGAUCUGCAUUCUGUGUCCACUUCAUUAUUUCUGUGGGGCGGUUGUGCAAGAGGAUAAGCUUAGCUCGAUUGGUAUGGCGAAUGUGGAACACGGCAGUUGGCUAUGCUGGCUUCACAGUGGCAUAGUGUGGUUCGUCGUGCUGGUGGUGGAGAAGGCGGUGGCAAUGGCUCAGGGGGCAUUUGCAGUGCGCCGAGUGCAAUGGCUCCGGUCAAUGCCAGCACCCAGGUCCAGGACUCUGCUGGUGGAGCACAUCCCCCCCGAGUUCUGCUCCAACGACAGCCUGUCUGCCUACUUCAAUUCUGUCUUCGGGCGCGAAGUGGUGGAGACUGCGCAUGUCACUCGCAACACGCAGGCUCUCCGAGCUCUCCUCUCCAGCGUUCAGCUUGCCGAGGCGCAGCUUCAAGAGGGUGAGGUCUACCUUCAGAAGACCGGGCGCCGACCGACGAUGAUGAGGCCGAGAUCAGUGCAGGACUUCACCCUGGACGGGCCCGUCCGCGGCGAGCUGCGGGAUGUCAUCGACCACUGGUCCGAGGUCCUGCAAACCGAGCGCUCCGCUCUGCUGGCGGAGCAGCGCCGCCUUGGACUGAAAGACGCCACGGAGCCGGAUUUCAUCCGAGCUUACUGCACCAGCGCCUUCGUGACUUUCUGGAGCCGAAGAGAUGCGGAGAUCGCGUUGAGGGUUCAGUACCGUGCGGAUGGGCUGCAGUUCUUGGUCUCGAGCGCUCCGGCUCCGGACGACGUGAGGCAUCAGGAUCUCCAGAAGGGCGGUGCCGCCUGGGGAGACAUGCUCAUGGGCUACCUGUGCAUUCUCUUCCUUUUCUGGGUCUUCGCGCCCUUCAUCGUGGCCUUCUCUGCAGUCGCGCAGCUGGAGACCUUGGAGACCGUGGUCCCGAGCCUUCACCACAUCGUGACCUAUUGGCCGAUCUUUCGCUCCCUCUGGGACGGCCUGGCCAGCGCUUUCGCGCUUUCGCUCUUCAUGAGCUGUUUGCCCUUCUGCUUGAUGUUGGUUUGCAGCCGGCUCUUCGUCACCAAGUCCGAGAGACGCUGCCAGCUCCAGGUUCAGAGCUGGUACUUCUUCUUCCUCACGGUCUUCGUGCUGCUGGUGCCGGCGGUGGGCUCCUCCGUCUUCUACACGAUGAGCCGGCUGGUGGAUCAUCCGAAGGAGAUCUUCUCGCUCCUGGCUUCCACGUUGCCAUAUUCCACACACUUCUACCUGAGCUACUUCCCACUGCAGGGGACCUUUCAGGUGCUGGAGGCUGCACGCUACCCCAUCGCCAUGAAGUACCUGGCGAUGAAGGCCCUGUACGGCGAAGAUCAAGCCAAGACGCUGUGCGAGCCGGAGGACCAGGCCUACUACGGCAUAGGUGCUCGGUCCGCGCGGUGCUCUUUGCUGCUGUCGAUGGCCCUGACCUUCUGCAGCCUGUCACCGUUGAUCUGCGCCUUGGGCCUCGCCACGUUCGGCCUCUGCCGGCUCACCUACGGGUAUCUUCUGGUCUACUCCGAAACGACGAAGCCGGACCUUGGGGGCGAAUUCUGGUGCUUGCAGCUGCAGCACCUUCAGAAGGGCUUGUUCCUCUACGUAGCUUUGAUGACAAGUGUGCUGCUGGAGAGGUCGGACUCCUUGGGCCCUCCGGGAAUCGCUGCCGGCGCCGGCGUCUUGCUCCUUCAGCAGUACCUCCAGUUCAAAAGGAAGUAUCAGUGGCGAUGCCUGCCCUUUGAGGACCUCGUCCAUGUCGAUGAUGACAGGGCAUCUGUCGCGGUGACCGGCGUGGAGUACCAGCAGCCGGAGUUGCGGGAGACUUGA